CUCUCUUCUCUGUAUUGCAAGAAGAGCUGAGCUUUACUUCUUUCCUUCUCUUUUUCUGCAGUUUGAUUCGCAAAACUUGCAGAACCUCAAAAUCUCAUUUUGUGUCUCGCUGACUCUCUGAUUCCUUUUCUUUUGUCGUUUUCACGAAAGUUUUGACCUUUGGUCGGUAAUUUUUUUUUGUAGCCGUUAAGGGAUGACCUAACAUAAAUGCGAAAACAGUUGAAAAGUUCUUAGCUUGACCUCUCUCUCUCUCAAUCCCAAGACACAAAUCAAACCGUUUCGUUUCAUUGUGUUUAGUAAAUGCAACUACUCUGUUCUUGAUUCUUGAAGAAAAAAAUUGAAGAUUUCACGAACCGGGUUCGGUGUUUCGGAUCCUGAACCCGGCAAUGUCAAUUGGGUAGAUCCGUUUUAUCACCUCCUGAGUACACACAACAAUGAAAAGGUUUUACCUUUUUCUGGUUCUGGUCAACUUCAUCUACAUUGCAACUUCUCUUGUUACAAUCCAAGAAGAAAGAGACAUUCUGCUUCAGUUCAAAGACACCAUCACUCACGAUCCUUACAACAGCUUAGCCUCUUGGACCCACGACGGAGACCUCUGCAACAGCUUCAACGGAGUCACUUGUAACCCACAAGGGUUCGUUGACAAGAUCGUUCUCUGGAACACAAGUCUCGCCGGAACUUUAACCCCGAGUCUCUCCGGUCUAAAGUCUAUUCGUGUUCUGACUUUGUUUGGCAACAGGUUUACAGGUAAUCUACCGUUGGAUUACUCAAAGUUACAGACUUUAUGGACCAUUAACGUUAGCUCCAAUGCGUUGUCUGGUCCGAUACCGGAGUUUAUCGGUGGUUUGUCUAGUUUAAGGUUUCUCGACUUGUCUAGAAACGGUUUCUCUGGUGAGAUUCCUGUUUCUCUGUUUAUGUUCUGUAACAAGACCAAGUUCGUGUCUUUGUCUCAUAACAAUCUCUCCGGACCAAUCCCUGAUACAGUAGUGAGAUGUAAUAAUCUAGAAGGGUUUGAUUUCUCUUACAACAGUCUUAACGGAGUGUUGCCGUCUAGGAUCUGUGAUAUCCCUGUGCUUGAGUAUAUCUCAGUGAGGAACAAUUUAUUGUCUGGUGAUGUCUCUGAGGAGGUGGUGAAGUGUAAGAGAUUGAGCCAUGUUGAUUUGGGGAGUAAUAUGUUUCAAGGGUUAGGGCCUUUUGAGGUUCUUGGGUUUGUGAAUAUAACUUAUGUUAAUGUCUCUUGGAACCGGUUUGGUGGGGAGAUUGGAGAGGUGGUUGAUUGUGGUCAGAGAUUGGAGUUUUUGGAUGCUUCUUCUAAUGAGUUGACCGGUGGGAUCUCUAGUGGUGUGACUGGUUGUAAAAGUCUCAAGCUUUUGGACUUGGAGUCUAACAAGAUCAAUGGGAGUAUCCCUGGAGGUAUUGGGAAGAUGGAGAAGCUCUCGGUUGUUAGAUUAGGUGAUAACUUUAUAGAUGGGGAGAUACCAAAGGAGAUUGGAAGUUUGGAGUAUCUACAGGUUUUGAAUCUCCAUAAUCUCAACCUUACUGGUGAGAUUCCAGAGGAUGUCUCCAAUUGCAGAUUACUUCUUGAACUAGAUGUUUCAGGGAAUGAUUUGGAAGGAGAGAUCCCUAAGAAGCUACUAAACUUAACAAACAUAGAGAUUCUUGAUCUGCAUAGAAACCGUAUCAAUGGAAGUAUUCCACCUGAGCUUGGAAGCCUCUCCAGAAUCCAGUUUCUUGAUCUUUCACAGAACUCUCUUUCAGGCUCAAUCCCGUCUUCCCUCGGUAACUUGAAUAAGCUAACGCAUUUCAACGUCUCCUACAACAACCUCUCCGGUGUUAUCCCUCCUGUUAAAGUGUUACAAGCUUUUGGCUCCACUGCAUUUGAAAACAACCCUCUCCUUUGCGGUGAGCCUCUUGUAACUACUCCUUGCAACUCACGUGGAGCCGCCACAGCAAAGUCAAGAAGCUCUCAAGCUCUAAGCGUUUCGGUUAUCAUUGUCAUAGUAGCUGCAGCUGUGAUCCUCUUUGGUGUCUGUAUUGUGCUUGGUUUGAACCUUAGAGCUCGUAAAAGAAGAAAAGAUGAAGAAGAAGAUGUAGUCACACUCGAAACCACUCCUCUAGCCUCUUCAAUAAACUCCUCAAGCGGUGGUGUGAUAAUAGGAAAGCUUGUUCUCUUCAGCAAGAACUUACCUUCAAAGUAUGAAGAUUGGGAAGCUGGUACUAAAGCUCUGCUCGACAAGGACAAUAUAAUCGGAAUGGGAUCCAUUGGAUCAGUCUACAGAGCCUCUUUCGAAGGUGGAGUAUCCAUAGCAGUGAAGAAGCUUGAGACAUUAGGAAGAAUCAGAAACCAAGAAGAGUUUGAGCAAGAGCUUGGACGCCUUGGAGGUUUGCAACAUCCUAAUCUCUCUUCUUACCAAGGCUACUACUUCUCCUCAACAAUGCAGUUGAUUCUCUCUGACUUUGUCCCUAACGGUAGCCUCUACGAUAAUCUACACUCAAGAAUCUACCCUGGAACCAGCACAAGCCAUGGUAAUACUGAUUUGAAUUGGCACAGAAGGUUUCAGAUUGCUUUAGGAACAGCAAAAGCUCUCUCUUUCCUUCAUGAUGAUUGUAAACCAGCGGUUCUUCAUCUCAAUGUGAAGUCCACUAACAUUCUUCUAGACGAAAAGUACGAAGCAAAGCUAUCAGAUUACGGGUUAGAGAAGUUUCUUCCGGUUCUAGACAGUUUUGGUAUGACCAAGAAGUUCCACAACGCGGUUGGUUACAUUGCUCCAGAGCUGGGGCAACAGAGUUUGAAAGCUAGUGAGAAAUGUGAUGUGUAUAGCUACGGUGUGGUGCUUCUUGAGCUGGUGACAGGUAGAAAACCUGUUGAGUCACCAUCGAGGAACCAAGUGUUGAUAUUGAGAGAUUAUGUGAGGGAUAUGUUGGAGACUGGUUCAGCUUCUGAUUGUUUUGACAGGAGGUUGAGAGAGUUUGAAGAGAAUGAGCUGAUUCAAGUUAUGAAGUUAGGACUGCUUUGCACGUCCGAGAAUCCGUUGAAGAGACCGAGUAUGGCUGAGGUUGUGCAGGUUCUUGAAUCUAUCAGAAACGGGUUUGGAUCAUGAUGAAAAGCUUCUUUUUUUUUUACAAUUCUUUUUUUGCAUAGAGAAUGUGCAGUGUAGUAGUGUUCAGAGAUUAGAAAAGGUUUAAUUCUUUUGUUGACAAACUUUUUGAGAUUUUUUUACAUGUUUCACAGACUUUUCUGAUACGUUUAUAACAACAAG